UCAACAGCGAACCAGCAGACAAGAUGUUUUAUUUUGUGUUUAAUUUUCUCAUUCUGGUAAUUCUGUCCAGGAUUAGUCAGCAGGGAGAUGACUUUACAACGCCCAGUUCGGCAUGGUUGGAAUAUCAGCGAGAAAGGUUUGGAAUUAAUAAUCCUGCGUUGGUCAGCUCUACGAAGGCACCCACCCCAAGUGUGGUAGUGGUGACCCCAAAAGUUGAGACCACGUCCAGGAAACAUUCCUCCACUCCACCUGAAAAUGCAAGUCAGGAAUCGGGGGAGGAGGAGACCACAGAGCAGCCAUCGGAUGAUGAGGGACUGGAGACGCCCAGUAUUCAGGGAUUUUUUAAAUUCCUUAAAACCAUGCAGAACACCUGGAUCAAGAAAUCGGCUCUGACUUUUGGGAAGAAGAUAAAGCUGCUACAGAACUUACGCGACAAUCUCAUGAGACUAAUAGAGCAACAGUUCGCGGUUCUUUGGCAGCCACCAGAGCGAAAAAGGCGUCGUCGGCGUGGUUUACUUGAUGAUUCAGAUAUAGAUUUUCCGCCUGAGGCGGCAAUCAUGAGCAUCAACUUCUUGACAUUCGCCGUUUUUCUCAUCAAACUGGUCAUGCAAGUGGUGAAGAUAGUCAAAAGCAAACACUAUUCACUUUCCGGUUUCACCUUUACACCGGAAACUGUCAGACGUCCAUAA